CGUGGCCACUUUUGAGUGACCCCCCCCAGUAGAAGUUACACAAUUGAGGAAAGAACGUCGUACGACAAAUCACCCUCCAAUCUUCGCUCCUUGUAUCAUCCUGAAAAAAAGAACCGCCUCACCAUGUCGCUACUCCCAACCUUGACUCGGUUGAGCCUUCGAUCGGCCUCCAUGGGUCGUCUGGCCACCGUGCCCGUGGCGCAAUAUCACGAAAAGGUGAUUGAUCAUUACGAGAAUCCUCGAAAUGUGGGAAAAAUGGACGGAAAGAGCCCGAAUGUAGGCACGGGUCUGGUGGGCGCGCCGGCUUGCGGCGAUGUCAUGAAACUCCAGAUCCAAGUGGACGAGGACGGCCAGAUCGUGGAUGCCAAGUUCAAGACGUUCGGGUGUGGCUCGGCCAUCGCCUCGUCUUCCUUGGCCACCGAGUGGAUCAAGGGCAAGAACUUGGAUCAAGCCGGACAGAUCAAGAACUCUGAGAUCGCCAAGGAGCUCUCACUCCCGCCCGUCAAAUUGCAUUGCUCCAUGUUGGCCGAAGAUGCCAUUCGAGCGGCCCUUAAGGACUACAAAACCAAGCGGGAGGCCAUGACCAAGGCCAACUAAAGUCAAUCCAUCAUUCUUUCUGAACCCUCUAAUUCUUCUUGGACUCGUACGUUAGAGGCAAAGCCCACCCAACGUCCUUUAUAGAAAGGAAUGCCCAUUGGGGCGUUCCUCACCACUAGAUUCAUGUCUCUCCGAAUCGUGUGCUAGUUUUGCCUUGUCGUUUAAAUUAAGAGAAAUACAAUAGCCAUGUUUAACGAUCCAAUAA